AUGCUACCCGCUGCUGGUAUGGACGAAGAUGCUACUCAGUAUCACAUACGGCUGGCCGUUGAUCAUGCCAGAGACUACAACGACCUCUUUGAUGCCUUGUCAACUUGGGCUGAGGCUGGUUCUGUACGCCCUCAGGCUCCAGUUAUCGACCGUGGCCACAAGGAGGAGCUUCGUGUUAACCUGCAAAUGCCAGAACGAUACAAUGGAAUGUACCUUACCGAUGAGGUCUACGAGAUGUGGAAUCAGUACGCCCCUAAGCAGAUUUUCGAGGAGGACGGUCGGAUCAUGCUGCAGAUGCUGGCUCGUCGUCCAGCGGAUGCUCUCUUGGACAACUUUCAUGAUCUUCGAUGGGCUCCUCGUACUAACUUCGCUUCAGCGAAGGCGGAGCUGAGACAUCUUCAGCCUACCCGCAUUGAGGAAAUGGUUGACAUCAUCAGCGACUACGCCCCGGCUACUGACCUGACUUCGGCUUCGAGCCCUGCUGUACAACAAGUCGAUGCCAAGUUGCAGAAGGUUCUAGCAGCAGUGGCGACUUCUACUUCUCCGGCAGACAAUCUAUUGCAACAGCUCACCGAUAAGGUACAAGGUAUCGAGAAGCAGUUACAGAGCUCUCAAAGUCGUCGACCAUGA